CCUAUAUAGUCUGGACUUUUUAGUUCACUAACUAUAUACUCUGUGGUGAGGCCGGCUUCAGCCACACUGCCACAAUCAGGUAGGCCGUGCCUUCAGUCAAGGUGACAAGCAGCGCCGCAGCAUGUGCGGACGCUGCUGCAGGGAGCUAGGGCGCUGGAGCCGCUCCUUCACCAAGACCGAGACCUUCCUCACCAUCCUAGAAGCCAUACUCCUUAUCCUAUUCAUCGCGUUCCUAACAUUCGUCGUGCUACACUUCAUUGCGUGCAACAAGAAGGAAAUCGACGAGUCGAGCUAUCUAGACGACGAGCCCCGAAGCCCUGCGCCAGCAGAAGGGCCCGCGCCGGCCGCGCCCGGCGUCAAGUGCACAUGGGACCCCAAGGCGCCGACCGAAGCCGUAACUCGUUACUACGAAGACGACGAUGCAGCGUCACGUGCUUUGGAACAACAGCUCAAGGGAGUGCAUCUACCAGCUUCAACAACGACAUUAGUGAACUUCAAUGAUAUAUUGCCGUAUUUAUCAGACGGAGAAGACGCGAAGGGAUAUGAAGAUCAUAUCCUGGCGCUGGUGAAGUUGCGCCCGCCUCAGGAUGUAACGUUUGGGUGUAUUUUGACGAUCGUGUCAGACUAUUGGGCGGUGACUGCGGCCAGUUGUAUAGAAGCGAUCGAGGAGGUCGAUUCCUUGGAUUCCUUCGUGAUGAUGGACGGCUACGGCGAGAGUCGGCACGGCCGCACCCACGCGGUCGCGGACGUGCUCAUCCACCCGUGGUACCAGGGCAGCAACAAGAGCUACGACUUCGUCGCGCUCAAGAGCGAGGACAGGCUCGUGAGGGGCUCCAAGAGCGCUGUGGAGUUCUCUUCGUUGUUGGAUCACUUCUUCACGCCGAUUGGUGAGAAGCUUGAGAUCCUUGGAUUUGGUGGAUAUAGAGCCAUAGAGUCAGGUCCGUCGGGGCGGAGUCUCCGGCGCGUGUCCAACUACCUGGUGUCGCCGAAGCAAUGCGGCGCCGCGGAGCGCUGGGCGCCGCGCCACCUGCUGCGGCCGCACGCGGCGCCGCAGGGCUCCUGCGGCACGCGGUUGCUGUGCGCAGGCGCAGUGUCCGCGCGCGGCGCCGCCUGCAACUACUGCGCGGGCACGCCGCUGCUGCGCGCGCACUCGCUGCACGGCAUCAUGAGCGACAACGCCGCGUGCGGCGCCGCGUGCGAGCCCGCGCUGUUCGUCAACGUGGCGCUGCUGCGGCCCUGGCUGGACGCGCUGCUGGCCGGCGACGACGACUUCUUGGCGUGAUGCCGCCGGCGCGGAGCGGUUAACUCUAUGCCAGCUACUCUAUCCCACGUCGGAUAGACACAAAAGUUUAUAAGUUUUUAUGGAUAUAUUGAAAAUAAUUGAGACAUUCUGAAGUUAUGAAAUUUCAGGCUGCUAAUCCUUUGCCUAGAGAAGAAUUUCAAAAUCUUAAUUCAAAAUACAUUUGGCCGUCCAAAAAGAGUAAAGUCUAUAUUAUGAAGUGAAAUAGAACUCUAUGUUGGUUGAUGUAAUAGUGGCGAAUGUACUGGGUUCCGAUUCCGUGCCGCUCUUAGUGUAACAAAGACAUAAGCAAUAUUGUGACUUUGUGGCGCGCUCAGUCACAUCAAGAAGAACGAAUUUAUUUUCUCUAUGACAUUAGCAAAGUCAUUUAGGCGAGCGAUGAAGCCGCAAAAAAAUAUUUAGCCACCCGACAGUGCAAUACGUUCGAAAUAUGUUGAAAAUCGCGAGAUAUGUGCGAUGAACUUCCUGCUGCUGAUCUGUUCGCUGGUGAUGGCGGGGCUGGUGGUGUCCACGCUAGGCGCCUUCGCGGUGCUGUUCAUGGCCGCCAUCAACGAAAGCGAGGACAACGCUACCGAAGUCCCUCCGCCGAUGCACCCGAUGCCCUUGCGAUUCGCUAAUAGUACAGCCUUUGAAAACACAACAAUAUUCGAAUCGAUAGACACACUAUACAACACGACCGAAGAUGAGGGCGCCAAACCGCCCAUUUUGCGAUGGAAGCUACCAAAUAGCGGGCAGGAAGGACCGCAAGAAUUAAAUGAUGAUAACGUGCAAUUUAAAGAGCCGUCCCUGGAUUGGAAGGAUUCCAAAGGAAAGUCGUUGAAGUUCAAGUAUUUUUCGAAGUGGAAAGACGCGCAGAGGAAAUUUUUGCUGCGGAACGACUCCACGGCGUAGCUUUUGGAGCCUUCGGUUAUUUGAAAUCUAAUUAAACUCCUUGUGAACAGAAACGAUCGUCUAGAAAGCUAAGUUUUUAUAUAUUUACUACGUACGACGCACACAAUCAAAGCUAACGCGUGUAAGGAUAGGAGUGACCGGUCGUGUGUUGGUUUACGUGAAUUUUACUACCUAUGUAUAUAUGCUAUGUGAUAUUGGAGUAAAUAUUGUUUAGUUUAUUACUAUUUAA